UCCCAAGAGAAAGGUGUGCCUGUUUCUUUGAUAACUAUUAAAAUAAAUGUCAUCCUUAAAGAAGAUCACAGGAUGCUGCUUACCUUUUCCCUUACUUGUGCUUUUUUUUUUAUAAGUCUCAAGCUUUAAAACCAGAAAGAGAACAUCAAGAAAGAAAGGGUCCUCUAUCUAUCAGAGCAUCAGGUGGAUAAUAACUUUAAAAAAAAAAACAAAAGCUGUAUCAGAAGAUUACAUCACAGAGAUACAAACAUGCAGCACCAACUCAUGCACCAGAUGCAGCACCGCCCCACACCCACACCCACAGGUGCCUUCAACACCACCACUAUUACUACUGAUCAUAUCCAACAGUAUUUGGAUGAAAACAAGGCACUGAUCUUGAACAUUCUGGAAAAUCAGAGUACAGGAAAGUUCAGUGAAUGUGCAGAAAACCAAACAAGGCUACAGCACAAUCUCAUGUAUUUGGCUGCAAUAGCCGACUGUCAACCAAAGUCAUCUUCUACUCAACUCCAGCAAUUGCAACAGAUGGUCCCCAAUUCCCAUAUGUUGACUCAAUCACACACAGUGUUCCCUCAGCAACCACCCUUUACAAUGAUACAGCAGCAGCAGCAACACGUGUUGCAGAGCCAGCUUGGCAUUCAGGCCCCACGAAGCGGAAGUGGGACCAGCAUGGAAGGUCAAGGAUGUGGAGUUUUUCCUGAUUUCAGCUUUGGGGAAGUAGCCUCCUCACAUGGAGUUAGAACAGCAACCUUUUUAACAGCUAAAGAUAACAGAGGCAUAGCUGGUAGUGCUUCUAGUCAUGAUACUCAUGAACAUGAAGGUUCACACGACUUUCCACAAAAGAAAGGAAAAUUAACCACAACAACUUAACGCUAGCUGUCUCCCAAGUAAGAGACAGAGUUCAAUGAGUUUUGACCCUGAGUUGACUUCUUUUUUUAGAUGUGCUACUUUGUACUAGCUCUACCUGGUUUAUGUUGUAAUAAGAUAAGAUGGUUUACAAGAAUGUGAAUUCAGAUAAAUACUGUUC